AUCAUGGUAUAUGAAUGAUCCAAUGUUAUGGUUUGUUCUAACGUUAUUUGCAAGUGGUCCAACUGCUGUCAAUUGUAUGAACUUGGUGCAGUUAACUGGCACUUUUAGAGAAGAGAUGGCUACUUUGUUGUUUUAUUCUUAUAUUACAGUAGUUCCUAUGAUUACUUUUCUUUUAAUGGGCUU